AUGGAUGCUGAAGAAUUAGAAUUGAAAGGGCAACUGAAAAAUUUGAAACAGCAAGAAUUGCUUAGAAGAAAGCAGUCAAAAGAGAAUAACACUCGAAAAAGAGAAGUAGAAUAUAAAAAUAGUUCGAAAAGUUCUUCAGUGUAUAUUUCGGGCCUUCCCACGGACAGGAUAACGAAGGAUGAACUUACGAAGCAGUUUUCCAAGUAUGGAAAGAUAAGAAUUAAUCGAGAUGAGGAACCACUUUGUAAGUUAUACGUGAAUGAUGAAGGUGUUCCCAAAGGAGAUGCUUUGAUUAUCUAUUCUAAAGAAGAAAGUGUUACAUUAGCAGUCGAUAUGAUGGACGAAUCAAUUUUUUUAGGGAACAAGAUCAGAGUAGAAAAAGCCCAGUUUGAAGACAGAGGCAGUGAGAAUAUGGACAAGAAAGAAAGUAGUUUAAAGGAGCUGGAUGAAUGCGAACCGCCAACAAAAAAGCCAAAACAAACAAAUUUCUCAAGGGCGGAGGAUGUUAUAGAUUAUAAUGACGAUGAAAGCCUGGCGAAAGCUGAUCGAACUGUGGUGUUUGCCAAUGUAUUCAAUAUAUACAAAGAAUACACGCCUGAUGACAUCACUGAUAUCCAAGAUGAUCUUUUAGGUGGUUGUGAAGAGAUAGGUCAGGUAGACGGUCUUUCGGUAUCUCCGAGUAAAGGAGAAGCGACUGUUCUUUUCAAAAAAAGUAAAGAUGCACUAAGGUGUUGCAAAAUCAUGACUGGACGUUAUUUUGAUGGCCAAAAACUGCUUGUAUUCAUAAUAGGUGACGAGAAUGCUCCAGAAACAAAUGACGAGAAUGAGGAGAGCGAUGUCGAGGAUGAUCUCAUAUAG